AUGGAUUAUCUCAAGGCAGAAUAUUAUGGAGAUGAUCACAUCAAAGAUAUGCAAGUGCUAAAUCUCGUUAGAGACUUUCAGAAGAUGAAAGAAUCGGAAACAAUCAAAGAAUACUCUGACAGGCUUGUGAGCAUAGCAAACAGAGUAAGAUUACUUGGUUCUGAGUUUAAAGACUCGCGUAUUGUUGAAAACAUUCAGGUUACUGUACCUGAAAAAUUUGAAGCCACCAUUACCACUUUGGAGAACACCAAGAAUCUAUCAAAAAUUACUUUGGCGGAAUUAUUGAAUUCUUUGAAGUCUCAAGAACAAAGAAGGGUUAUGAGAGAAUAUGGAAUUAGAUAG